AUGAUUUUAGCUCUGUUGUGGGUGGUGGAUUUUGCAGCUUCAGGGGCAACGGACUUUUCAAGCACUGGAUUCAAGUUGGCAAGCGACGAAGACGGCGGCGAUAGCGAGACCAAGGGGAAAACGGAUGCUCCAAAAGAACGCAGCGCGGGACCAGAAGGAGCCAGCUCGGGACCCGGCGACGGUCUGCACAAGGUGGAGGAGGAAGAGGAGGAGGAAGGGGAUGAGGACGACGAGGAGGAAGGGAUGGACUCAGACAUCGAGUUGGACGAGGAAGAAGAUUGUCCCGGCAGUGUGGAGGAGGUCUUGGCAGAGCUUCAUACCGUUCUUGGGGAGGAACAAGGCUGGAGCCCAAGCUCGCCAGAUGCUCCGGAGAUCAAUUACUCUGUGGUGAGUAAGCUCCACCACCUCAAGUCCUACAUUACUGAUGUGCUCCGACUCUAUUCUAGUGCCUGGUUGCUCCGUGGAGUUAUGAAAGACCAGACGGUAACACUUGAAACCGGUGAACGGAUCAUUCUCUCGAAAGGCGAAAACAUCGUCUGCGUAAACCCGCAUGUGAACGAAGAAGUCUUCGCUGAACCUCAUCUUGCCAAGACUACUCGCUUCCUUCCCAACACUCGGAUCAAGGAUGCCCAGGGUAGAGAUGUCAAACUGCCAACUAUGAUGUUUGGCCAUGGAAUCUAUCGCUGUCCUGGAGAACAGUUUGCCUAUUUGGAGCUUGUCACUACGGUUGCAUUCAUGUGGACAUGUUAUGACUUUGAAUUGGCCAAUCCAUGGAUCAAGGACGAACCACAGCCGAACCUGUCCCGAGUUGGUUUUGGUGUCAUGCCACUUGACCAUAAGUUCCUCAACCAUGAAAGCGUUCAAGUUCGCUUCCGUUCUAGAUACUGA